ACACUCUUCACGCUUAGCCACUUUCUCUCACUUUCUCUUUGGUUUCCCUCCCUCUUAUCAGGAACUCUCUGGUUCAGCUGAUCAGCAGCCAUGGAUUGGUUCUCAUGGCUUUCAAAAACAAGCCUUGACCCAUCUCUAGUCUAUGAGUAUGGCGUCGUUUUUGCUCACAACGAGCUUGAACAAGAAGACAUGGUCUACUUCAACCAUGAGUUUCUUCAGAGCAUGGGAAUCUCCAUAGCCAAGCACAGGCUUGAAAUUCUCAAGCUUGCAAAGAAGGAAAAGCCCAGAAGCUCACAUCCGGUGUCAAGGCUCAUUGGGGCAAUCAAGAAGACCAAGAAUUGCUUAUCCAAUUACAUUCACACUCUGAUUCACAGAGAAAAAUCAUCAGCACUUGUGGUGGUUCCCACUAGGCCAAGUGAACAGGAAACAAGAUGGAAGAGUUGUAGGAUGAAGAGAAGCAGAAGCAAUAAUAAGAAGCUGAUGAUGAAUAGUAAUAGUAAUUAUAAGCAAGAAAGGCUUCUUCUCACAAAUGGGAAUUCUGCAGUAGUUCCUACUGUAUCUGUUCCUGAUGGGUAUUCAGUUUCUAGCCCAAAGGUGAAGAAUUUGCAGAAGGGGAUGAAGAUGGCUGAAGAAGAAGAUGAUGAUGGGUAUUGGUCAGCUGCUCUUGAAGAGAUCAGGUGGGAUGCUAUGUUUCAGGAUCUAAAGCCAAACUGAAAUUUAAGUUUCUUUUCUUUUCUUUGGGAUUUUCCAUAUCAGGUGAGAGAUUUGAGACUCUCUCUCUCUCUCUCUCUCUUCCUUUAGUGGUCAGAUGGGUAACUUUAGCAUCUGUCUGAUUCUGUAACUAUUGUGCCUCUUCUGCUUUUGUAUGUUCAACUUUAGCAUCAGAAUUGGAGAUUUCCACCGUAUAUAGUUUCAGGAACAAAUGAACCAGUUUGGAUUAUCUUUUUAUUCAUGGUGAUUGUAGACAUAUUUGCAGUGUACAUUUACCGUUAAUUAGUUCUCCUUUAGCAUUCACAUCUUAGAAUUCUGGAAUGGUCAUUGGAGGAUUUAGAUAAAGUUUAACAUUAUGAGCAGGGACUCACUUUUUUGGGUCAAUAA